UAUUUCUUUGUGCACAGGUGCACAGCUAGAAACUAUGUGAAGAAGCUGAAGUUUGCUAUUUUUUAAUAAGCAUGAACCGAUAUAUAACGCUGACCCAACUGGGGGACGGCACCUACGGCACCGUUGUGCUGGGCCAGCGCAAGGACACCGGCGAGAAGGUUGCCAUCAAGAGAAUGAAGCGCAAAUACUACUCCUGGGAGGAGGCCAUGAAUCUGCGUGAAGUUAAGUCGCUAAAGAAACUGUCGCAUCCGAACAUUGUUAAGCUCAAGGAGGUGAUAAGAGAGAACGACACGCUCUACUUUGUGUUUGAGUACAUGAAGGAGAACCUCUACCAAAUGAUCAAGGAUCGGGACACCCACCUGCCCGAGCCGGAGCUAAAGAGCAUUCUCUUUCAGGUACUCACUGGCCUGGCCUUCAUGCAUCGUCAUGGCUUCUUCCAUCGCGAUCUUAAGCCGGAAAAUCUUCUCUGUUCCGGUCCGGAGCUGAUCAAAAUAGCUGACUUUGGCUUGGCGAGGGAGGUCAGGUCGAGGCCGCCGUUCACGGACUAUGUGUCGACCCGCUGGUAUCGGGCGCCCGAGGUGCUGUUGCACUCCACCAACUAUGGCAGCAACAUCGACCUGUGGGCCAUGGGCUGCAUAAUGGCAGAGCUGUACACAUUCCGACCGCUCUUUCCAGGCAGCAGCGAGGUGGAUCAGCUAUUCAAGAUCUGCUCCGUGCUGGGCACGCCAGAGAAAGGUGACUGGCCAGAUGGUUACCGACUGGCGUCCAUGAUUCACUUCCGCUAUCCAGAUUGUAUCAAAGUGCCACUAAGCAGCGUCGUCAGUCGCUGCAGCCAAAACGGACUCGAUUUGCUCGAGGACAUGCUCGCCUACGAUCCCGAUAAGCGUCCGACGGCCCAGCAGAGCCUCAAGUAUCCGUACUUUCACUCGCUCAAGCGGAUCUCACCCACGGCGGCCACCAAGGCGAGUGUUCGCCUCAGUUCCAAGUAUGCGGCGGCUUCCUCUGGGACCCAGACUGUGUCAAACCAUGUGCUUCCGGUGCAGGAGAAGCUGCAGGCUGUCACCGAGCUCAUCCAUCAGGGCAACAACAUCAACAACAACAACAACAACCUAAGCAAUGGCAAGGGUCUGUCGAAGAACGUGAGCAUGCCGCGAAAGUAUCAGCCAAAGUUGAGCUUCUUAAACAGCCACGAAAUGGGCAUGCCUGUAAAUGGUAGUGGAGCCCUGGCAGACACUUCCAGCUUGGUCGGAGGACCCGCGGUAGAUCAAGGGCAGACUCAGCAUCAGUCACAGCAACAGAAUGGAAGUGAAUCCAUAAACGACAUCUACUUGAAUCGAAACAUUGCACAGCUUUUUGGUUUGCCAGCAGCAACGGGCUCUCAGCAGCAGCUGUACCAUCCGAAUGUCUCCUUCAGCAACACCAUGGCCCGCAAUGCGGGUGCCAUUUAUGUCAGCGGCAGUCAGCUGAGCUACGACACUGCCAAGAACAAUGCCAAGAACAACGGAGGUGGAUAUUAUGUGCCAGUGACACGCAGCUCCCUGCUGGCACCCGAUGCCAAGGUCUACAAUGUGUUCUCCAAGGUGAGCGCCAGUCAGGCACCGCCCAGCAUAAUCGUGCGCCAGCCACAGCAGCAUCAACAGCAUCCCUCCUACGAAGCGUCAUCCAUUAAUGGAGCGGCCAUACGUUUGUCCGCGAGAUCCCGUCCGAGCGGACAGGAGGCCAAGCUGAGGUCUGACGAUCUGGACCAGAUACUCGGCUCCAAGCUGAAAACCUCCGCCAAACGCCAGCGAAAUGCCAAAACCAACAUGCUGCUGGAGGACCUCUUUGGGCAGCUGUCAAUGGACUCUGACAGCGAUGGCAAGUACCCGCACACUGUGCCACCCACGCAGCAGGCGAAGAGUGGCGCCCAUCGAGAGCGCGAUCUCUUUGGCGAAAGUUUCCUGCGGCCCGGCAUACGGAAGAAGAAUACCCAAAGCAGCCUGGAGGUGAACAACGGCAGUCACGCGGACUCGCUAGCAAAAAACACACAGAAGCAGAAGCAAGCAGCAGCUGGGACUGGAGCCGCAGCAUUCCCCUGGGAUGAGACCAACAAGACGGAGGAUGAGAAGCUAACUGCCUGGAUGGUGGCCGAGAAUGGUAACUUGAAUGUGGGGCAACAGCAAGCACUCCAGUAAAUCCAAGUAGUCGAUUAGCAACUGAAAAUUCGUGACAGCACCACAUCAGCACCAAUCCAAAAAUUCACUGGGCAGCCCAGGUAUUUAUUUUAUGCCCAUUAUCAUAUUCCCAGGAUCGCUGCUGGAGAAUAAAUUCUGAAGGAGAUCAUCGACUAGCAAAGUGCCGCGUUGUACCUGAAACAGAAUGGAAUGAAACUGAAACUGAAUCUGAAUACAAACCGUCAAAACAUCAAAUCAAAACAUCCAAACGAGCGUUUAGAGUUAAAGUUAAUAUUGUUGAUGCUGUGAUACAGAAUAAGAGAUAAAUAAGAUAUACUUUAAUCGAUGCUAAUA